GUACACUGGCACACUGGGGAUGGGACAACUAACGAUAUUUAAAGCACUCCAACGGGGCCAAUGAUACGUUCUUUCAAUUUCUUAAUUUAUCUAAUUGUUAUGAUGUUUUUUUUAAAUAUUAAUAAGAGCAAAGAAUUGGCCCGAAUCGGCCACAAAUAGGUGAUGUUGAAAAUGAGCGAUAGCACCAAGAUCCCGAUCACCGAGUUCCUAGAGGCGUACCGACGCCAGCCGUGUCUCUACAAUACGCUACUGGACACUUACAAAAAUCGGGUGUCUCGGGAGGAAGCCUACGAAGCGAUAAUCAGAUCCCUAAAGAUACCUCAAUUGACCGUGGUGGACAUCAAGCUUAAGAUCAAAAGCGUGCGCACUGUGUACUCCAAGGAGUUACGCAUCUGGAUGCGAGAAAAGGAGCAAGGCAGGAGCUACGAGCCCAAAUUGUUUUGGUUCAAGUUGGCCGACUCUUUUCUGCGCUCCGUAUCCCUCUCUCAUUGCAAAAGGCCUAAGAACAAGCAUCCUAAUGUUUCACAAUCUCCAGUUAAAGUGGAAGAGGCGCCCCCGAGCAAAUUGCUCUUCAAUGCCACCGCAGAUAUCAGUAUGAGCGAGGAUGCGCUUGAGGAGGACGACCCAGAUGCAGAUGGCGAGGCAGUGUGUGCUCCCAACGAUACCAAGGCUCCGGGGAGCAACUGCAUAAUUUCCAUAGCACCGGAAAUGGUGCGUGCCAGUAAGACCGAGCUAAUCAUCGAUGAUUCGUCGCUGUGUUUAGUGGAUCAGCAGCAGCCACAACCUCAGGUGCAUCCACAACAGCUCCCAGCCACGCCGUCACAGCGAACACCGAGGAACCAUCAGGUUCUAGAUUCCGUCAGCGAGGAUGAACUUGUAAUAUUCGGCCAAAGCAUCGCCUCCCAGUUGCGCACCGUCACAGACUCUUAUUCUCGGUCCGUAGCCAAGCUGCGCAUCCAGCAGGUACUAUUUGAGGCGGAAACUGGACAAUUUCAGAGCACCGAAGUCAAUAGUACGCAGCUCCAACAUACUUUAUAAUCCUAAGUCUAGGUUUAGGCCAACUAGUUUGUGUAUUAACGUGUAAUAGUUGUAGUCGUUGUGCUCAACUUUGGAAAAAGGCUUCAACCUGUUUGCCGUUUAAUGUUUGUAGUUAAUUUCAUUCCGAUUAACGAAGUAUAAGUAGAAAUUGUAAAUAUUACUUCAUAAAAAAUAUAUAUAUUAAGCAAUAUUAAGAAAAAAUAUAAUAAUUGUUCUUAACUUCCAAAUACCUUAACAUGCAUUUAGCAAAAUAUAUUUCAUCAUGUGCAAUCAAUAAGUUAAAGUAAUAAUUUAAUAAGGAAAUAUUUAUUAGGUGUAUUUCUAAGCAUAAAAUAUUAUAAAUAUUACACAUUUACGUUUGUCCUUAUUUAAAAUUUAGACUUAUUUAACGAUAUUUUUAUACAAGACUGUAAAAUAAACUAAAUUGUGUUGGCCCAAAACGGUCAAAAGUACAUACGAUAAAAACAAAAGCAA